AUGAUUAUAAUCCUCGCUUCCAUUGACUCUCCUGAGGAUGUCCAGUCCCUAAUCCGCGCCGAUCCCUACGCUUUAUGCGUUUUCCUUGAACAUAAGCAGCCUAUCCUCCAGUCCCUUCGACGGGAUUUCUACCAACAGUCUUGCAGUCAGAGCCUUACACAGGCGCUCAUGAUAUAUCGCUUACGGAGAUACGAGUACGACCCGCAUUGCCAGGCGAGACCUCAAGCUAUUCAGUUUAUGAAACCGCUCUUUACAUCGCUACCAGAACGAUGUACAGGAAAGCGGUUAAAUCUAGGAGCCCUCAGUAAGCUAUCUCGGCUGACUCGCGAAUCACAGAAGUUCGAGGAACAUUACCGCACGAGGGCAAGGGAAAUGCACCCUGGAAGUUCUCCCAGCGGCCGCAAGCAUUUGCGCAUGCUGAGCUUAGACAGUGGCCUCUUGCACGGGGCAUAUCUACUCUUCGAAGCAUACCGACACACCCUCUGGUUCAGCACCAACUUGCUCCAAGAUUAUGGUUCUAGCGACAGUAGAUCCGACUUCAACAUUCCCUGGAACUUCAUCUAUCGGGAUAAGCUUCUUUGCGUCAGGACAUUUCAGACAUUCUUUGUAUUCGUAUUUCGAGAAUACGAGAAUCUCUUGAGUCAGGUCCAUAGCCGCGCCUGCGGCUCACACUAUCUCUACCGGUUCGAUUCAGACUGGUGCAUCCAGCGACGGGAAUUCUUGCACAGGGGCCCACGAGACCGACUCCAAUUCGCAGCUUAUCUUUCCUCGCUGGGCUGUCUCUGGCUACUGAACAUCCAAAACAUGGAUGAUGUUGCACAAGAAGAAUACGUCACGGGUUUAUAUAUGCGAUAUCUCGACUUUAAAGCAGACCGCCAGAAUUGCCCAAUGGUGGUGGGUGCUGAUCUUGAACGCUCGCUCAGGACACUUUGCUACAGGGAAUGGCGAGGAAGAUUAAGAGCUCUUUACUAG